AUGGCCCCGGCUCGUGUUGCGUGGAACGAAGGUGUUCAGAAGCGUAUCUCAAUCACAUCAUCACUGCUGAACCAGAUCAAGGGUGUCAAGAUGAUGGGUCUCGCCGACCAUUUCUCCAGCAUAGUGCAAAAGUUUCGCAUCACGGAGCUGAAGCUCUCCGUCAAGUUCAGAGUUCUUAUCACUUUUCUCAGUGUGAUUGUCGGAGCCGCCGAUCAGAUCACACCCGUGGUCAUCAUCGCCGCCGCCGUCUUCUGGACUCGGGCCGAACAAGGCUUGAGCAUAGCCGAGGCCUUCACUGCCCUGUCGAUUAUCGUUCUCGUGUCUGCCCCCUUUAUGAAGUUGAUCGUUUCCAUCAUUCAGCUCGUGGGUGCUCUUGGCUGCUUUACCCGGAUCCAGGAGUUCCUUCUCUUGGACGAACUCGAAGACCGGCGGGAGAUCUUGACCAACUCUGAGAAGUCCUCGCUGGACUCUGCGCGGCUGCCUCCCAGCCUGCACGGGUCAGACUUGCAACCCCUGACCCCAAGGCAUCAAGUCUCGGCUAGCAAUGCGGUCGAGUUGCAGUCAUUUAGAGCUACGACUCUCAGACCGGCAUCCAUCGAACUGGGCAAGCCACUUGUCAGCAUAAACGAAGCGAAGUUCACUUUGAAAGACGGCACCGAGAUCCUAAGGGAAGUCUCACUUGUGCUGAAGAAGGGCUCCAUCUCCAUGCUUGUUGGCCGUGUUGGUUGUGGCAAGUCUUCUCUCCUCAAAGGUAUACUCGGCGAGUUGGUGAUCUCUUCCGGCACCGUGACUCUACACACCUCUUCCGUUGCAUUCUGCGACCAAGCCGCCUGGCUGCGCAAUAUUUCCGUCAAGGACAACAUCAUCGGCCAAGUCCCUUAUGAUGCCGCUUGGUUCUCGGCGGUUGUCCGCGCAUGCAGCCUGGACCAGGACAUUGCUCUGUUUCCCAAAGCUGAGGAGACUCUUGUCGGCACUGGCGGGGUGGCUUUGAGUGGUGGGCAAAAACAACGAGUGGCUGGCAUGACCGUGCUCCUUGCCACCAACCAUGUGAACUUCCUUCAUGCUGCUGAUUGCAUCACUAUGAUCGAAGAUGGUACCAUUAUCCGUAGCCAGAUCGCUUUCGACUCCGUACCACGGUCUGUGUGGGGUCAUCUCGCUCAGGACGUCAAGGGCAAGGAGCUUGCAGAAGACGACGAUCAUGAUGCCGAAGAGCCGACCGAAGAUGAAGCGAAGACCAUCAAAGUAGAGGCUCCAGUACCAACUAAUGCCAGGGUCACCGAGGCACAGCUCACGAGACAGACCGGUGACACCGAGGUCUAUAAGCUCUACUUCAGCUCCAUCGGGUGGCGGAUGUUAGGUCCCUUCAUAUUCAUGGUCGUUUUGUACGUGGGCUUUACCAAGCUUCCCCAGAUUUGGCUGCGAGUGUGGACAGAAGAGGGCACGAACGAACGUCCGGCCAUGUACUUCGGUAUCUACCUCAUGUUCGCUUUGCUCUAUCUCGUCAUGAACGCCGUCUCCUUGAGUUUCUGGAUGCUCACCGUGGUUCCUCGAUCCGCACGUCAUCUCCACCAGAUGCUCCUAGACGCUGUCCUCGCUGCCCCUCUGGUCUUCUUCACGACAACAGAUAGCGGCGUGACCCUCAACAGAUUCAGUCAAGACAUGACCCUCAUAGACCACCGCCUUCCCAUGUCCGCCUUUGCAACCCUCCACACCUUCCUCCUCGUCAUUGCCGAAACAGCUAUCAUCGCCUCCGGCGCAUCCUACUUUGCCGCCCUCAUCCCCCCUUCCUUCAUGGCCCUCUACCUCCUCCAGAAAUACUAUCUCCGCACCUCCCGUCAGCUCCGUCACAUCGACCUCGAAGCCAAAUCUCCUCUAUUCACUCACUUUACCGAGGUUCUCGCCGGCCUGCCCACACUCCGCGCCUUCUCCUGGCGUCCGGCCAUGCUGCGCGAGAGCCAGACUCUACUGGACGCAUCGCAGAGGCCGUACUAUCUCUUCUUCUGUGUACAGCGCUGGCUUAAUGUCGUCCUGGAUCUCUUCGUUGCAGGAAUGGCGCUUUGCCUGGUUGCUUUCGCAUUGCACUUUAAUAACACUACUACCAAAGGCGCCAUCGGUCUGGCAAUGGUCAACAUCAUCAGCUUCAACCGGACGCUUGCUGAAUUCAUCGAGAUGUGGACUAUGCUGGAGACGAGCUUGGGGGCUAUUACAAGGCUCAAGUACUUCAUUGAGCACACCCCUCGCGAAGACCGAGAGUGCGAGAAAGACACGCCCCCUUCGUCUUGGCCAGAGAACGGCAAGAUUGAAAUUGGCAGCGUCACUGCUGCUUACAGCGACGAAACUGAUCCUGUCGUACGAGACGUGACUCUUGCAAUCCAGCCUGGUCAGAAAGUCGGCAUCUGCGGCCGCUCGGGUAGCGGCAAAUCUUCCCUCCUCCUGACCCUCCUCCGUCUUCUUGACACCGACCCCAACGGCACUCUAUCCAUUGACUCCGAAUCUCUGACCACCAUUUCUCGGAACAAAAUUCGCAAGUCUCUUACAACCCUCCCUCAAGAUCCCGUCCUUUUGCCCGGCACAGUCCGUGACAACAUCGAUCCCACAGGCCACACCCCUGACGCAGACCUCAUCGACGUCCUCCGCAAGACUCGUAUCUGGGACGCCCUGGAGCCGCGAGGCGGACUUAAUGCGGAAAUGUUGGAGGCGGGGCUUUCAGCCGGACAGAAGCAGCUGUUUUGUCUUGCGAGAGCGGUGUUGAAGCAUGGACAGGUGGUGUUGUUGGACGAGGCGACGAGUAAUGUUGAUCAUGGGACUGAUGAGGAGGUUAGGAGAGUGGUGAUGGAGGAAUUUAAGGGGAUUACUGUUGUGGAAGUUGCUCAUCGGUUGGAAGCCAUCGUCGGAUAUGAUGUCGUUGUUGUUAUGCAUGAGGGGAGAGUUGUGGAGGUUGGAGACCCGAGGGAAUUGUUGGGGAAGACCUCCAGAUUUAAGGGGUUAUGGGAUAGUCGCGCGGCGUAG